AUAACCCCAUUGUGCAAAUCCAUCUCUCUCACACCUACUAGUUCGUCUGUAUAGAGAGGCUGCCAAGACUUACAGGCCCUACACACACACACGCCUUCAAUAACAAUUUACUUCUUCUUCUUCAAAAUUAACACUUCAAUUCCCUCACAUGCUCUCUCACACUCUCCACUCUUGAGCGGAAAAAAAGUUAUUCUCUAUUUUCUGGAUCUUCCUCCUUGUCUCCGAAAGUGCUAGGUGAUGGAAGAGCUCAACAAGGUGCUCAAAUCAUUCUGCAAGCAAAAACAUCACUUAUCGAUAAUAACAGCCACAAAUGAGAUCCACGAGAGAUGAUCUUUUCUCAAUUAAGUCUUUCUAUAAACAUACUACUUGAAAGGAAACGGUGACUUCCCUUACACUUCAAUUGGGUUCCCAGAGCUUCAAGGAAAAUGUCGUUCUUCACUUGAAAAAAAGCAUGGAAAGUCAUCCUCACAGCAGAGUUUGAGGAAUACAAUUUAUAAAAGUUGGUGUUUCAUAUGCAAGACUACAGUAGAGAAUGUUAAUAAUUAAUGCUUUGAGGCAAACAUGUUAUGCAUUGUGCGAAAGGUGCUUGAAACUGAAUGGGUGACAUCAAGAAUGGUUUGGGAGAUACCAUUAGGGUGGAAGUUUAGAAGGAAGAGGCUGAGAAUGAGAUUGUUGAAUUAGUUCCUUUGUUUCAUGCGGAUAAUAUGAACAAGAACAAAUAGAAGAGCAUUUGAAGGAGUUAAAAUUAGUUCCUUUGUUUCAUGUGGAUAAUAUGAACAAGAACAAAUAGAAGAGCAUUUGAAGGAGUUAAAAGACCCUUCUAAAUAGUUUCAGGUGGGUAUUUUUUGUUGCACCCGGCAAGUUCAGUCAUCCCACAUGGAAAUUGAUGGCAGACUUGCAAUAUAAUUUGUGUCUGUUAAAGGUUCAUGGAUAUUAUUGUAAAUCAUCCUCAAUUAGGCAAUGCUUAGGUGAUACCAUCGGAUAUUUGUCCUUCACUGGUGCACAUUUGGAUGGCUAAAUCGGUUUGGCUGUCCUUGGACGUGAUGCCAUGGCUGUUCACCACGAGAAGUUGCAGUCGCAUGCUGUAUAAAGUCAAAGCUAGUAGAAGUUGGAAAGUCUGGAUAGCAACAGAGGUAGGAGAGAAGAACAGAGAUAGUAGUAGAAGAAAGGGCUAUUAUUCAGCCCCACCGAAUUAGUCAAAAGAAAUUUGGGUCCCUUUAUUACGAAGAAUAACUUGGGAAUAUGCGUCGGAGGUUAUUGGAAGAAUUGAUAGACCUGUCAUGAAUUAAUUCAUCAAGUGCAGUAAUUGACCUAGAUAAGAUUUAUUUCAGCUGUUUCUGAAAAGGCAAACGCACCCAUUUAGUAUAUAAGCAUAUCCACUGAUGAUGCAAGGUUGAAUUGAAGUUCUUUUGGUCAAAGCGUCUUCGGACAUGAGUGCUGGAAGCACAAUGUUAUAUUUAGCUAGCAAAAUGGUUGUAUCUUCUAUGAUCGUGUAUUAGCUGGCAGCAUCAGAUGUACACUUUAAGUAAUGCCCCUAGGAUGCCACAUAACUUCUCACCGGUUGUUCCAUUCAUCUGCAUGCGGUAUUCUAGCCACUAAGUUGUUUGUGACGAGCGGUGGUGUGAAGUCUGUCACUAAUUGGAUGAUUGAUUAACUCCAUUGAUGCUUCAUCCCGCUCAAAAUACUUGCUGCUUCCAUUUUUGUGAAAGGCCAGACAUCAUUCAAUUCAUAGUAAAUUAGAAAUUUAUGUGGCUGGCCACUAGAACUUGUAGAAGAACCAAGUGAAGCCGGACCAUUGGUUUCUACUCAUGGUUUGAUGUGAUUUUAAGUUUUCCGGUCUCUGCCCUUUGGAAGCCUAACCAAACGGAAUUCAGUUGGGAAUAAAGAACUUUUCCAACAGUCAGUAGUGCUUGACUAUGACGAUUUGGAGAUAUGAACAGAUUUGUUGUUAUCUUUAAGUGGUCUUAAAAGAUAUGUUUCAUGACAGAAAUUAAAUAUUGCUGAUAUUUGCUAUCAAGGGCCACCAUGGGUGAAAGUGAAAAAAGGCGAAAGUCUCUGUGGGAUGCUGAAGAACCAAAUAGUACGAAUUAUGAGGAAUGGGGAGCUCCAAAAGCCGACAAUUUAUGGCAGUCCAAGAGUAGAUCUGAUUGGUUGUCUGGGGACAAUGUUACAGGAACAGAAGAGCUGAGGAAGGAAAACUACCAUUAUAAGAGCAUGUCUCCAGCUUUUGAAAGGCGGGGAAGGCGAAGCAAUAGCCACUCUCCAGAUAAUGGUCGGACCCAGCCUCGCAGAUACUCCGGGAGAGCCAGGAGUAGGAGCAGGAGCAGGAGCAGGAGCCGGGGAAGGGGAGAAGGCAGGAGCAGGAGUCGCAGCAGGGGACGAGAUAGGUUUAGGACCAGUAGCAGGAGCAGAAGCAGGGACAGGGGCAGUAUGAGAGUUCAGAAUAGGAGUCGUAGUCCUCUCCAUAAUUAUAGACGUGAUUCAUAUGUAUCUGGUGAUAGAAGAACCGGCCUUCGUACAUCUUCCCAGGUAUGCAGAGAUUUUCCAGCGGGGAAGUGUAGGAGAGGUAGUGACUGCAGGUUCAUUCAUCCAGAUGCUGCCAAUCAUAGGGGUGGAGGUCAUUCAGAAGACAAUGUGGCAGAAAGAUUGGGUAGUCGACCAGAGCGUGGACAUAUCUCGAGGUAUACUGAUAUUGAAGGUCCUGGGUACCAAUCAAGGGAUAGGCUUCCUGACGUGCAUCAUUUGGAGGAUGAACUGCACAGAAACCGGAGUAGAGGUACAAUUACUUGCAGGAAUUAUGUGAAAGGCACCUGUCGCUGGGGUGCAUCAUGCAAAUUUUCUCAUGAUGGUGCCUCGGGUGAUAACUACGACAAAGGCACUCGAAGUGCAUCCUUUGAUCAUGGUCAGGACAACCCAGCAAGCAGAUCCGGAAAGUCACUUUGUGAGUACUUUGCAGCUGGGAAGUGCUACAAGGAUAAUUGCAAAUUCUCUCAUGAUGCCUCAUCAAGAAAUCAUGAAAUUAGACACUCAGAUAACACUGGUGGCCAUAGGUUUAAUGACAAGAAUAAUUGGUUGAAUGCUCCGAAGUGGGAUGAUGAAGGAAGGACCUCAGACCUUGUAAAGGCUAGUGGGUGGGAUGAAACUGCUCCGAAGUGGGAUGAUGAAGGAAGGCCCUCAGACCUUGUAAAGGCUAGUGGUUGGGAUGAAACUGCUGUGAGAAAAGAUACUGCUGUCUCAGUUCUUACAGAUAGGACCAAUGAAAGGCCCGGCCAUAGUUUCGAAAAUGAGAACAGAGCCUGGGGAAGCACAGAACCACAAUUUAUGAAUUCUGAGAGACAGAGAGCUGCUUCUCCUCACAGGGGGAGUGCUGGUCAUCUUAAUACUUUGAACAUUUCGGAAUCUUCGGUUAUACAAAACUUUACAAAUGCUCAAGAUAUUCAUCUCACUUCCCAAGCUUCUGAUCUAAAUAUGGAGAGAACUUCAGCACAUGUCCUUGGGCAUAAAUCAAAUCAAGGUUCUUCAGGCAUCAUUCUUUCUACCAUAGACACUCAGCCUUAUGGAUCUGGUGGAUCUUUUGUAGAGACACAGGGACUGACAGACGAUAGCAUUGCCAGAACACUUGGCUCUAAUGUAGUAAAUGAAUUUAUGAAUAGUAGAGAUAGUGUCCAUCACGUCGGUUUGCCUGGUCAGAGCUUCAGUGGAACAGGUAUUGGUAUGAAGUCUGAACAUUCUGCAGUUCUGAAUGGAGCACACCAAGAACCGAAUGUGUUCUUACCUAUCCGAUCAACUGGUCACAAUAAGAGAGAAGCACCUGGCACACCAGAGAUGCUGGAAUUCAAAGUCCCUCAAAAUCUUUCCGGUACUGUUACUGGUGAGCAAGUACACCAAAUGGAAACCUCUCCGACAUCUAUGAUAAAGAAAUUUGAGGAAGGACUACGAGAAGCCCAGCUUCAAAGUGUCUUAAAUCCCUCUGGUCCAUCUGGAAUGCUACCUUCAAAUCCCAUUUCUUCACUUGUUCAUGCUCUAUAUGGUCAGACCAAUCCAGAGAUGAGGGUUCCAGAUAAUUACCAUCCCCCAGAUGGCUUUGAGCUGAAUACAUCUGGCAACUUGCCUAACAAUUCGUUCCAUUUGGAUAGAGACAGUAAUAAGGCUCCCAUGGAGCAAAUGAAUCAAUCAUAUGCUGUUGAUCCUGAACUUGGAAAUAAUGAUCAAAUUGAUGAAGUGAAGCAGCAGGAGAAUAAAUUAGUUGAAGUCAAUGGAAAAGAUAAAUUAGCUCUUGAGGAGUCCAAGGAUGGGCUAGAAAAUAAUCAUCCAGGAGCUAUGCAUAUGCAAGCAAAGAUUGAGGAGGGAAGCUGUAACAAAGAUGAAAAGGCGAUGCGAUUAUUCAAAAAUGCUCUUAUAGAGUUUGUUAAGGAGAUCCUGAAACCCACUUGGAAAGAAGGUAAGAUGAGCAGAGAGGUUCAUAAAACAGUUGUUAAGAAGGCGGUUGAUAAGGUGACUAGUGCAAUGCAGGCAGAACAAGUCCCUAAGACGCAAGAGAAAAUAGAUCAAUAUCUGUCCUAUUCAAAGCCUAAAAUUGCCAAACUUGUACAGGCAUAUGUAGAGCGACUUCUGAAGAAUGAAGCUUGAGAUGCCGUGUUUAUAUUUGUUCUCCUUUUUCUUCUGGAAAAAUCAAAUUCGUUAAGGAUUUGAUUUUCCAACAUGCACUGAAAGUUUAGCUAUGUCAGAUAUCUUUGUUUUGGUGAAGUCGCAUCUGCAGUAGUUUGAUAGAAUUGGUUUUGCAAGCAGUUAUCUGUUAUUCCUACCAUUUAUUUUCUGAUUUACUUUUGUUUGAGCAUUAUAUGUAAUUGGUUUUCCCUUUUUACAGAUUCAAUUACAUGGUAGUUUCCUUUCUUA